CGAAGCGGCGGCUUACCGGAAAGUCAACGGCGGCGAGGCGGCGAUGCGGCGGCAGCUUCUCGGCGGCGAACGGACGGUGGUCGGUCACGGCGGCUCCGGCGAACGUUGGUCGGAGACGGCGGCGAGUGGCCGGAAUUCGCGGUGGCUCCGGCGGACGGCGGUGGCGCGUGUGGUUCACGCGCGCGCCGAGGCGAAUUUUCUGGAGGCGCGUGCAGCUUCGUCCGGGAUCCGUUUGAGGCGUGGUUGGUGUCUACGGCUUCUUCUCGACGAGAGGAACACGAUGAUGGCCUUGGAUGCACGAGAUGAUCAAUGGUUAGGAUGUUAUGGGUGAAUUACUAAACGGAAACGAAACUGAACAUAAGGCAUGCGGUUUCCGGCGGUUACCUAGGGUGUUUAUCGGUGGUGGCAAGCUGAGCGUGAUCACGGCGCACGGUUGCUCCGGCGACGAGCUCCGGCGACUCUCUGACUAUAAAAUAAUCACAUUUCUUCUUAGCUCUCUCUCUAAUUCUUUCUUUAUUUUCUAAGUCUUUGUGAAAUGGGAGAAGGUGGAGGUGGUGGGGUUUUAAAGGCAUUACCUUUGGCCUUUGGAGUUGGGGUUGGGUCAUUACAGAGCUAUUCAAAGGCAAUAUGCCUGAUUGGUUGCCUGAUGACUAUGCCACUAGUAAGCUGCAAUACUACGAGAUGAAAGAAUCAGAUGUGGAACAAGGAAAAGAAUGGCUUCAUCUAUACGCGGAACUAGCCUUGUACACCAAGAUGCAAACGGACCCGUACAUGUUUGAGCAGUCAAAGCCAUUUGAGCUGGGAAAGGUAAUUGUGCAAACCAGAGGAGUUGUCGGCUCAAUGGAAAAGGUCACAGUGGAUAAUGCAGUCUUCUACGUUAGCUUCAAAACAGGGUGUGGUGUUGUCUGCAAAGGUGUCAUAAGGAGAACAAGGGAUGGGAUGCCAGAUCAUUUAUCCGAAGCCAAGUGUUUGGACGGAUGUCGGAGUCCCUCAUUAUUUUCUUAAUGGGUUGCUGAGACUAUGAGAGUAUUAAAAUCGGUCUAAGUAACGUUUGUCUUCUAUCUAGCAAGUAUCUUAAGAUGAUUUAGCGCCUUAUG